UUUUAUGACUGAGUAAUAUUCUAUUAUAUAUUCUAUUCUUUCUAUAUACUCCAUUAUAUUCAUAUGUACAUAAAAGAGCAGUGUGAAGAAGUGGGGGCAAGAAUGACCCCCAGACUGGCCAAAGCCCACACACCACUUCAUCCGUGUGCCCAGUGCCUAUGUCCCACCACUGUCACCACUAUGCCCAAGAGAAAGGCUGAAGGGGAUGUUAAAGGAGAUAAAGCCAAGGUGAAGGAUAAGCCACAGAGAAGAUCUGCAAAGUUAUCUGCUAAACCUAUUCCUCCAAAUCCAGAGCCCAAACCUAAAAAGGCCCCUGUAAAGAAGGGAGAAAAGAUUCCUAGAGGAAAAAGAGGAAAAGCUGAUACUGGCAAAUAUGGGAGUAACCCUGCAGAAAAUGGAGAUGCCAAAACAGACUAGACACAGAAAGCUGACGGUGCUGGAGAUGCCAAGUGAAGUGUGUGCAUUUUUGAUAACUGUGUACUUCUGGUAACUGUACAGCUUGACAUCUAUUUUUUAUCAAGUUUAAUAAAAAUGUAGCAUAUAUAUACACACAUA